AUGUUUCAAAGGUCUUUACGAAGUUCUUUUCAAGGAAAAAUCGAAGAAAUACCUGGUUUACAUGUGGAUAAUUUUGAAUAUGUAGAAUCGACAACACCAAGAGCAUAUUUCUUAAGUCAUUGUCAUUCUGAUCAUAUGCAAGGUCUACAUUCGCCUUCCUUACUUAAAUAUAUCAAGGAAAAAAACAUUUUUAUUUACACAACGGAACUCUCAGUUGCCAUUAUUAAAGAUAAUACAAAGGAUGACACAAUAUUAGACUACAUAAAAGUCUUGAAAUUAGGAUCAACACUUGUAACAUUAGAUGGAAUUCCAGAAGAAAAUAUUGAUGAAACAUAUGUGACGGUUACACUCGUACCAGCGGGACAUUGUGUAGGAGCAGUUAUGUUUUUAUUCCAAACUAUAAAUACUACAGUAUUAUUCACUGGUGACUUUCGAAUAAACGAAAGAGAUAUUUAUAAGUAUGCAGGUUUGCAUGAUGUAGCUGAGAAACCAAUAAAAAUAAACACAAUGUAUAUAGAUACAACAUUUAUAGACCUACUUUAUGAAAAUUUUCCAAAACGGUCACAGAGUAUAGACGCAAUUUUAAAGGAGAUAGAGAGGUGUUUGUCUACGGGUAGUGGUGUCGCGUUACAUACAUCAGCAAAGUAUGGUUAUGAAUAUGUAUUUAACAAGAUUUAUGAGAAGCUGGGAAGAAAAGUCUAUGUUAAUGAAGACCGAUGGAGGUUUUAUAGAAAAAUAUCACAUCUAGUCCCUGGCGUGACGAACAACAAUAAUGAAACAAUCAUACAUUUAUGUACAAAACGCGACGAAAAGAAUCACUCAACAUGCAUACCAAGGAACUACCCUCAAUUUCUUUACAUUCAUCUCUCAGCGAUGAAAUGGAUAAAUAGUAACACAUUUAAGCCAAUUCAACGAAUGUCGCCGACGCGAGUGGACGUGUGUUUCGCAACGCACUGUAGUCGGAGUGAGAUAUUGGGUUUUGUUAAUUAUUUUAAACCGGAUAGAGUGAUUGGUUUUCCUAAUCAAUAUAUAGAGGAGAAAGGGGUGAAACGGAAAAGUUUGAGGGAAGAGGGUAAAUUGGAAAGUAUGAUAGUGAAAAAGUUUUGUAGUUGA